UAUGGACUAUGGUGAAUGGUACAUACAUCUUUCUGAAAAAUAAAACACCAUUGUUAAAUAGAAAUAAGUAAUAACCGAAUGGAGUCAACUGCAAGAGAUUCUAGAGACGACAUAUGUACCAGAAAAUGGGAAAUGACUGGAUUAAAUCAAGAAAUAAAAUAUUUGCUGUGAACUAGAAAAGUGAAUAAAUCCUUAGAAAAGAAAGAAAGAAAGAUGGCAUUUGCUGAACUCUGCAAUGAUUGUGCAUGGUAUGCAUCUUUCUGAAGAAACCUUUAUGAAACAGAAAUAACAGAAUGGAGCCACCCAACUGAAAGAGAUUCUAGAAGAUAUUUCUCUGGAUGAUGAUGAUGACUAAAAAUCUGUAACACAAUGGAAACAUUAAUUCCUUCUCUUUUUUUCCAUUUCCAAUAACAUGAUAUACCAAGAACAAAACUCACCAAAAAAAGAGACGAAACGAUUAUUAUACUGUACAUGCAAUGGAAAACAGAGCAAAAUAAAUAAAUAAAAUUGUCGCCCAGCCAGCAAGUGAGCAAAGCAAUUAAGCAAGAAUGCUAUAUCUGCCUUUCCCGCGCCCGCCAUUCCCUCCCAACCUUCCAAACUCCAAAUCCACAAAAAAAAAAAAUCCUCUUUUCCUCGACAAGAAACAAACAAAGCAUCCAAACCAAAGCGCAAAAUUCUCCACCCAUGCAGGAAGCCUGCGUGGCCGGAGACAGCCAUGGGCCAAUGCUGCUCCAAGGGCGCCGCCGCCGCCGCUGCCGCCGACGACCCGGCCGCCGCCCCUCCUCCUCCUCCUGCAGCAUCGGCCCCACGAGUGGAGCCCACCGCGUCCUCCUCCUCAGCCUCCAACCGCGGCGGCGCAUCGAAGGCGGCGCCGCCAUCGUCCUCGGCUCCGGUGGGCGAGGUCCUGGGCCGGCCCAUGGAGGACGUGCGGGCCACCUACAGCAUCGGCAAGGAGCUGGGCCGCGGCCAGUUCGGCGUGACCCACCUCUGCACCCACCGGACCUCCGGCGAGAAGCUGGCCUGCAAGACCAUCGCCAAGCGGAAGCUCUCCACCAGAGAAGACCUCGAGGACGUCCGGCGGGAGGUCCAGAUCAUGUACCACCUGUCCGGGCAGCCCAACAUCGUGGACCUCCGCGGCGCCUACGAGGACAAGCACAGCGUCCACCUGGUCAUGGAGCUCUGCGCCGGCGGCGAGCUCUUCGACCGGAUCAUCGCCAGGGGCCACUACACGGAGCGCGCCGCCGCAUCGCUCCUCCGCGCCAUCGUCGGCAUCGUCCACACCUGCCACUGCAUGGGGGUCAUGCACCGGGACCUCAAGCCCGAGAACUUCCUCCUGCUAGGGAAAGCCGACGACGCGCCGCUAAAGGCCACCGACUUCGGCCUCUCCGUCUUCUUCAAGGAAGGCGAGGUGUUCCGGGACAUUGUCGGCAGCGCAUACUACAUCGCGCCGGAGGUGCUCAAAAGGCGGUACGGGCCCGAGGCUGAUAUAUGGAGCAUUGGUGUCAUGCUAUACAUCUUCCUUGCCGGCGUGCCGCCUUUUUGGGCGGAGAAUGAGAAUGCGAUUUUCACCGCUGUUUUGCGGGGGCACGUCGACUUCUCCGGCGAUCCGUGGCCCGCCAUCUCUGCUGGUGCGAAGGAUCUUGUCAAGAAGAUGCUCAAUAUUAACCCCAAGGAGAGGCUCACUGCAUUUCAAGUCCUCAAUCAUCCGUGGAUCAAAGAAGACGGUGACGCGCCCGACACGCCGCUCGACAACGUGGUCCUCAACAGGCUCAAGCAGUUCAGGGCCAUGAACCAGUUCAAGAAGGCUGCGCUGAGGGUCAUAGCCGGGUGCUUAUCCGAGGAGGAGAUCAAGGGGCUCAAGGAGAUGUUCAAGAACAUCGACAAGGACAACAGCGGCACCAUCACGCUCGAAGAGCUCAAGAACGGCCUCGCCAAGCAGGGCACCAAGCUGUCCGAUAAUGAGAUCGAGCAACUCAUGGAAGCUGCCGAUGCGGACGGCAACGGGUUGAUCGACUACGAGGAGUUCGUCACCGCCACGGUGCACAUGAACAAGAUGGACAGAGAGGAGCACCUCUACACCGCGUUCCAGUACUUUGACAAGGAUAAUAGUGGGUUCAUCACGAGAGACGAGCUCGAGCAAGCCUUGAAAGAGAAAGGUUUGUACGACGCCCAAGAGAUCAAGGAGGUCAUCUCCGAAGCUGACACUGACAAUGACGGGAGGAUAGACUAUUCAGAGUUCGUGGCGAUGAUGAGGAAAGGAACAGGCACCGCCGAGCCAACGAACCCGAAGAAGAGGAGAGAUCUAGUCCUAUAGUGAAACAGGCAGUGUAGCUCAAACAAGCAGAUGUACAGAUGUAGUCUGUACAAUGGAAUCCUCUCUGCAGAUGCUUCUCAGCUAGAGCUCAAAAUUCAGUAUAACCUACUUGCUGGUUGCUGGGAACAAACUCAUCGGCAAGUAUCUCCCUUUCUGCGCAAUUUACUCAUCUUGUACACUUACUUCAGAUGUUGGUGGUGUGCGUCGGAGAUUACCGGUACAUUCGUGAUGAUGCAAGCCUCUGCUGCUGUUGCCAAGGGAGAAGAAUCAUAGAGGAAAUUCAAGAUACAUGAAGAUGGCUGGUCUUCACCAAAAAUUUGAAGACUACGUAUAAUAUAUAGUGAGGCCAGAUGAUUCAACUUAUGUUACAACAGAUCUGAACCAAAUAGAUGAUUCGAUUUACUUAUGUAACAGCCAGAUGAAUACAAGAAGCUGAGAAACCAUAACAGUGUAGUUUCAAGAAACGAUUUCAACAUAUCUAGUGUUACUGGGUUUGUCA